AUGUCGGGGAACCCAGGUGUCUCUCUGCAGACCCUUUCGGCAGCUGACGGGUUCCUCGCCGGGCUUAUCUACCUCAGUGCAGCGAAACAAGCCACUGUCCAAACUCGGGCCACUGAUUCUUUUACCCAUGCGGGCCAAACGUGGAAAUACCUUGAAGAUAUUUGGUUCAAUCUCAAAAGUGUCCAGAAUCGCAUAAUGGAGCUGGUUCCCAGAUUGGGUCUCACGGGUAUCGACAAUACCCUCGACUCUUUCAUCAACCCUGUACUGUUCUUCCGGGCCGCUAUCUUGUCUCUUCGAAACACUUUAAUUGGUCGACCCCCCAGCACUUUAGGGGACAUUGUUGCUCUCUUCUGUUUGUCGUACGGGGUUUCACAUCAUCUAAGAAGCAGCCACGAUUCAGCGAUCAGUAAUACUCAACUUUACAUUGAUCAAUGGGAAAAUGCCAUCAGCAGAUAUGAUCAUCUACAAGCGUUCGCCAGUCUGAUGCGGGCGUUAUUCCCGGAAUUAACGACCCCGGCCCCAUCUUCAAGUUUGCUAGGCCCUAUAACGGUGGAUUACAGCGAUCCUCUCGACUUCAUGCCCUUGUACCAGGAGGCUGAUCUACCACCUCGAGAAGGUGACCUCAUUGAGUGUCUUUUAGAAUACAGUGAUGCGACCCUCAACUUGCUCAGUCCCUCAGCUUCCCAGCCUACGGGCCAAGCAGCGCAGAACGACCGUUACACCUUUAUUGGGGAGACAGGGUUUCAAACUUUAGCUCCGUUAGAUCCACACGGAUCGGCCCUUGUCACUAAUCUAACGCUAUUUCUGGAGCAAUGCGGAGACCUGUUCCAGAUCCUUUCCGGGCGUUGGAUAACAGCCAAGCACCAGUAUUCACCUCCGUCUGCCACUCUCAAUCAGGCAAGACCCCAAUACAACGAUGUCAUGUCAUGCAUACAACGCAUACGACAAUAUGAAUCCUUUCAAGAACCAUUCUCAUUGGGCAUUGUUGCUAUUGUCGAUACGUUCAUCCAACUCGGUUACCUGCAAACGCCCGAAGAUGUCCAAGAGUAUAUGAUUAUGGUCGGCAAGGUACAGGAACGCAAAACCGAUGAUGAGUGCAGCGCAACUGACACCUGA